AGAGGAGGCGGCCAGGGGCAGCGCUGCGCACACUGUGGGGUGGGUGAGUCGCGCUGUUUAGUGGGAUCGCUGGAAGAGGAAGGAGCUGCCGUGGAUGUGCAGGGCACAGCAUGCUGUCUGGAUAAAGCGCUGUAUCCGGGUAUCCAGAACUGAAGAAUGAUGGCUGCUGGGAAAUUUGCCAGUUUCCAUAGAAAUGUACAAACGAGCCAUCAGUUCCCACUGGCGACUUCAAUGGAUCUUUUGAGCAGUAAAUCCCCCCUUGCUGAGCGGCGCUCCGACUCUUUCCAAGAUGUAUGUAUCCACGGCACUCUACCACGAAAGAAGAAGGACAGGGUCCCCAUCAGAUCCUGUGACAUGUUCAGCCAUAUGGGAACCUUGCCACACUCCAAGUCACACAGGUUGCCUAACCAUUUAUUACAGGAUAUUAUAGAAGAGUACCCGCUUCAAGAAAGAAAGCUAGGAAUGUUCAGCCCAAGAGACUACAAUAUUCUGGAACCGGCCAUGGAAUACGUGAAGUUCUCCAAAGAUCGUUAUAUUAUGGAUGGAGGAACGCCGGACAAGCUUAAGAAAGAGUUAGAAGAAGAGCUAAAGUUGAGCAGCGAUGACCUACGCAGCCAUGCUUGGUACCACGGCCGGAUUCCACGCCAGGUGUCGGAAAGCCUGGUGAAGAGAGAUGGAGAUUUCCUGAUAAGGGAUUCUUUGUCAAGUCCUGGAAAUUUUGUGCUUACUUGUCAGUGGAAAAAUCUCUCCCAGCAUUUCAAAAUAAAUAAAGUAGUCAUCAGACUCAACGAGGCUUACAGCCGGAUUCAGUACCAGUUUGAACAUGAAAGUUUUGACAACGUUCCUGCUUUGGUUAGAUAUUACGUGGGGAACCGCAAACCGGUGUCCCAGCAAAGCGGAGCCAUCAUCUUUCAGCCGAUUAACAGGACGGUUCCUCUGAGGUGCAUAGAGGAGAAAUAUGGGACCUCUCCCAUCAGGCGGCUGGAAAUGGGUGCUUUGGAAGGAAAGUCGGAAACCCCAAAAAGACUGAGUUUAAAUAUAGGACACGGACUAUCCCAAGAGCUCAACCCGGUCCGAGGAAAUCUGCUCAGAAACAAAGAGAAAAGUGGCAGUCAACCAGCUUGUCUGGAUAAUAUGCAGGAGAAGAGGCGGCCGCUGAAGGCUCACCAGUCAGAGAGUUACCUCCCAAUAGGGACUCGGACUCACUACGUAACACCAGGAGUGGAUGGAAGGUUAUCUCCUAAGCCACACGUCUUUAGGACAGGGAGUGAACCUGCUCUAAGCCCGACAGAAGUCAGGAGAUUUAGCAAUGAAGCCCACUUGGCUGAAGCGUUACGGGGGUCAGAUAGCCAACUGUGCCCAAGACCUCCUCCGAAACCCAGCAAGGCACCUUACAUGAAGCAUCCACAGUCUCCAACUGUAUGGCAGAGCUCCGAAGCAAACUAUUGUGAAUUGCAUCCUAACCCUAUUGAGGAUUGUGGGUGGGUAAAUGUGUCCUCCUCAAGGAACAGUUUAGUUGAAGGUCAGAGAACAGAUGAAGAAACGUUGUCAUUUAGUAACUCAGAGAACAGUUUCCCCAUACUGGAGGACAGUAUAUCCCAAUACUCCGCAUCAGACCUUGGAGAGAAGAUAGAGGAAGCGGAAUUUGUUAGGCCAGCAUACGAAACAACUUCAUCAUUUAACCCAGUUGACUUUGAAUCGAUUCUUCUUACUCCGGAGAAUAAACCCCUUGAAACUGGCCUGCUGAGACGGGCUAAGGAACUCUUUACCAACAAUGACCCACGGACUAUUGCAAAGCAUAUCCUCAGAAUGGACUGCAAGGUUGCUAAGAUACUGGACGUCACGCCUGAGAUGAGGAGGAUCAUGGGAGUGAACUCAGGCCUGGAACUCAUAACUCUGCCAUAUGGACAUCAACUGCGCCUCGACUUAAUUGAAAGGCACACCACGAUGGCGAUUGGCAUUGCCGUGGAUAUUUUGGGGUGCACGGGAAGCUUGGAGGAGAGAGUUGUAACGCUAAACAAGAUCAUUCAACUCGCCGUGGAACUGAAGUACUUGGGGGACUUCUAUGCCUUUUCUGCUAUAAUGAAAGCCCUGGAUAUGCCUCAGAUUACAAGACUGGAACACACGUGGACAAUCCUACGGCACCAGUACACGCAGACUGCUAUCAUUUAUGAGAAGCAGCUGAAACCCUUUAGCAAAACUUUACACGAAGGAGGAAAUGCUAUGUUUUCGAUGCAAGAAAACCUUACUGUCCCACUGGUUAUGCCCUUGAUCAUAUUGCUGGAACGCCAGUCCGUUAUUUUUGAAGGAAUGGACUACUGGGAAAACAACGAUCGAGGCUGUGAAAUAAUGUUUAGCCAUCUGGAAACGGCUCGUUUUGUGGCUGAAAAUGCAGCUUUGUAUCAAAGUAAUGCAGAGAGGCUAUUGGAAGGAUUUAAACCAGACAUCGAGAUGAGUGAAGUCUUCAAAACAGAAUUUCAGAUGAGACUCUUGUGGGGCAGCAAAGGAGCGCAAGUCAAUCAGAGCGAACGGUACCAAAAAUUCAGCCAGAUUCUCACAGCGCUCUCAAGGAAGCUCGAGCCGCCCUGCUGACCGACACGACCUCUCCGCAAUCCAUUCUAAUAUGUUAACGUGAAAUAUAUAUUUGAUUUGUAGUAUUUUUAAUAUAAAUACUUUGACUGUAAAUUGUCAAAACUAAAAAUUUAGUGGAUUUAAUUUUCCAUGAGCUGUAUGUUUCUGUAAAUGUACGAUGUAUAGUUUCUCUUUUUAAGAUUAUGCACAUUGCAUAUUUAUUUAUUGUUCCAAUUUUUUUUCUCAUCAAUCUCAAAAUAUUUUAUCCCUGCAAUUUACAUGAUGAUGUCAUUCAGAAUCUGACGGCUUUAGUCAUUUGCACGACCGCUUGGGCCAAGAUUAAGCAGCAUUGCUGCGUGUGGACAUUGGAGCUAACCAGUUAAAUGUGUUUAGAAUUAUUUCGUUUUUGGACAAGCAAAAGAAAUUAAAAAUGUAUAAAAUGACGCACCUUGACACUUCUGGUAGUUUUUCAGAAACUGAAUAAAGACAUUCUUAUGAAAACCAAGAAUAUAGUUUGAACAUGUACUGCCGGCAAUUUUGGAUGAGGUUGAUUACUUUACAAGUUAAGAAGCACAUUAAAUAAGGACAUUACGCUGAAGUAUUUUUUUUAUUAUUUAAUUAAAAUAUUCUCAACAGAGAACACUAUUCUUAAAGUUUCAACGUAUUUAACAAUAAGAAAAAUCAACAUGUGCACGAGAAAAAUAUGCUCGAGAAAAAAGGAAAAAAAACGUAAAAAUUUAAGACAACGUUCAAUUUUUCCAAAACAAAUGAUUUGAGAAAUAAGUGUGCAAGUACAAUUUUUUUUCCUACAUUUAGGCAAUAGAUUCAUUUACACUGCAAUGUUCCAUAUGAAGUUGAAGCUUGGAACAAUAACAUUUUGAACAGUUAGUCACAGAUAAAGAAGAGUCGUUUCGUAAGUCUUGAAGAGUGAACCCUAUGAUACAGUGGACCAUAACAUGAAAAAUUGUAUAUUUAUUCUUAUCAGUCACAGCCCAUUUUACUGCUGGAGAAGCCUGCUUCGUAUUGCUGUACAAACUCUCCUUUAAGCAAAAAUGGUUAAAUAUCACAAAAGAAAAAUGAAAAACUACGCUUUUGUAGUUUUGUCAGUUAUGAUUAAAAAUACACAUUAUAUAAAUAACCCUUGUAUAAUAUUCAAAAAUCUAAUCCAAUGUUUAAAUAGCUCCAAAUGUGUAUACUAUAAGCUAAUAGUGGCAUUUUUU